CGGCCGAUGUUGGACGUGCACUCGCUGUACAUCCUGGAGCAAGAGCUACGGAGCGGGCAGUUCGAAACGACGUACCGGUGCAUGGAACGCGCCACCGGUCUCAGGUACGCCUGCAGGUCCGUGUCGAAGCAGAGGCUGCUGCGGCGGGCCGACGUGGAGGGCGUGCGCCGGGAGGUCACCGUCCUGCAGCACCUCCGCGCGCAGCCCAACAUCGCCGAGUUCAGGGCCGCCUUCGAGGACGCCGACAGCGUGCACCUCGUCAUGGAGCUGUGCUCCGGCGGGGAGCUCCUGGACCGGGUCGCCGCCAGGGGGAGCUACUCCGAGCGUCAGGCCGCCGCUGCGUGCCGUGACAUCCUCACCGUCGUGCACGUCUGCCACUGCAUGGGGAUCAUGCACCGGGACCUCAGGCCGGAGAACUUCCUGCUCGCCAGCUCCGCCGAGGACGCCCCGCUAAAGGCCGUUCACUUCGGGCUCUCCAUCUUCAUCGAACCUGGGAAAGUGUACAAGGACUUUGUAGGAAGUGCAAUCUAUGUUGCGCCAGAAGUUCUGCAUAGAAAUUACGGGAGAGAAAUUGAUGUCUGGAGCGCCGGAGUGAUCUUGUAUAUUCUCUUAUGUGGAUCACCACCUUUCUGGGCAGAAACGGAGAAGGGCAUAUUUGAUGCUAUACUGGUGGGCCAAGUUGAUUUCUAUACCAGCCCGUGGCCGGCGAUAUCUGAAAGUGCAAAAGAUCUUAUCAGACAAAUGCUAAACAGAGAUCCCAAGAAGCGUAUUACGGCAGUGCAGGCCCUAGAACACCCAUGGCUCAAAGAAGGUGGUGCAUCUCACGGACCUAUGGAUGGUGCGGCCAUAUUGAAAGCAAAGCAAUUCAAGGAGACGAACAAGCUAAAACAACUAGCUCCUAAGUCAACUGCAGAGACGAUAUCGCCGGAGGAAAUCGAGGGCCUGAAACAGAUGUUCCGUAACAUGGAUACAGACAAGAGCGGGAAAAUCACACUUGAAGAGCUGAGGAUUGGUUUGACAUCAAAGAUUAGCGAAGCAGAGGUUCAGAAGCUUAUGGAAGCGGUUGAUGUAGACAAGAGCGGCAACGUGGAUUACACGGAGUUCCUGGCCACCAUGAUGAAUAAACAUAAGGUGGAAAAGGAGGAGGAUUUGCUGCUUCCAUUUCAACACUUUGACAAAGACAACAACGGACAUGCAACACAUGGUGAGAAAGAUGGAACGAGAGUCAUCGAGACAAGCAAAAGCAGUGGCAUGAAGAAUGAAAAGAAAGAAGCAGAACCGGAACUGAAUAAACCUGAGAAUGAUAAUGUGAUAAUGGAAGAGGUGCCUUCAAGUCAAGCUGAAUUUGAGAAAAAACUUGAAGAAGAGUUGAGAAAGAAGUUGCUUGGACAGAAAUUAGAUGGUGGGACUGGGGUUAGAAUUAGUGGAAACAAUGAGCAACAUGUACUUCAAGACAACAACAUGCAUGAUACGGGUGAUGAUGGAGGACUGGAGAAGACUGAAAAAGAAGUGAAUAACUAUGAAUACCAGGAUAAAAACCAUGCGGGGAUGGCAGAUAUUACUGAUGAUAAGAUAAAAGGUGGGACUGGGGUUAGCAUUAGUGGAAACAAUCAGCAACAUGUACUUCAAGACAACAACAUACAUGAUACCGGUGUUGAUGGAGGACUGGGAAAGACUGAAAAAGAAGUGAAUAACUAUGAAUACCAGGAUAAAAACCAUGCGGGGAUGGCAGAUAUUACUGAUGAUAAGAUAAAUUCUGAUGCCUUUUCUAGAAAACAUGAGUACAGUGCACAACAGAUCCAAGAGAGUAACCAGGAUGGAGGGACCGAUACAGAUGAAUCUGCUAGUGGGACCUUAGCAGCAAACACUGGCUGGAAGAAUGACAAGAAUGAAGAACAAAAAGAACUGAAAAAACUAGAAAAUGAUAAUGCGGAAAUGGAAGAAGUGCCUUCAAGUCAAGGAACUUGA